AUGUUCAGCCUCGCGCGCCUCGCGCGCCUCUGCGCGGUCCUGCUCACGACCCUCUCGUGCGCCCUCAUCGCGCCCCGCGCCGCGACGACGCAGCAGCUCACGCGCGACACGCGACGAUACAACCUGGCCAAUUCGCGGGCAGAGGACAUCAACAACUCGAGCAUCAUCCCGAAGAUCGACGCGUACGAGGCCGUCGUCGCGCUCGCGCGCAAGGCCAAGCAGCGCGCGCUCCUCGACCAGAUGGGCGACGGCAACCUCGACGGCGUCAAGCCGCUCAUCGCCCAGAUGGACGAGGAGCUCGAGCAGUGGGAGGCGGACCCCGCGUACGGCGAGAUGCGGGACCAGUCCUGGCCGGCGAAGAUCGGCGUCGUCUUCGUCGACGAGGACAACGCGCCGCCGCCGCCGCCGGAGCCCGCGGCCGUGGCGCCGCCGCCGCCGCCGCGCGAGGCCCAGGAGCUCGUCGAGGGUCUCUACCCGUCGGCGGGGUCGCUCGCGCUCUCGCCGAGCGACCUCCUGCUCCCGUCCGAGGACCUGAGCGCGUCGCAGCUCGAGAUGCUCCACGACAUCCUCGACUCGUGCACGCGGCGCGUCAUCGACUGCCGCAUCGCGUUCGCCGCGCGGAAGUGCGCGAGCGACCUGCCGCUGUAA